AUGGCGGCUCCCUUGGUGCUGGUGCUUCUGGUGGCCGUGACAGUUCGGGCUGUGCUGUACCGCUGCAGCCUGGCAGGGCUCAUCUCCGAGAGGGUGGAGGUGGCGUCCCCUUUAAAUGCCUGGAAACGAGUGGUCGAGGGGCUAGCUUUACUUGACUUGGGUGUCUCUCCAUAUUCUGGAGAUAUCUUCCAUGAGACUCCACUAAUAAUAUACCUCUUUCAUUUCCUGAUUGAUUAUGCUGAACUGGUAUUUAUGAUAACAGAUAUGUUGACUGCAGUAGCCCUCUAUUUGGCCAUUCAAGAUUACACCAAAGUUCUGUUUAAAAAGCAAAAACUGCUAAUAGAACUGGAUAAAUAUGCACCUGAUGCAACUGAACUCAUCCUGACCCCCAUGGAAAUGUACUAUGUCCCUCUCAAGGUAGCACUUUUUUAUCUCUUAAAUCCGUACACUGUGAUGUCUUGUGUUGCAAAGUCCACCUGUGCCAUCAACAAUACUGUCAUUGCCUUCUUCAUUUUGGCAACAAUAAAAGGUAGUGCCUUCCUCAGUGCUGUAUUUCUAGCCUUAGCAACAUAUCAGUCCCUGUAUCCUCUCACCUUGUUUGCACCGGCACUUCUGUAUUUAUUGCAGCGUCAGUUCAUACCAGUGAAACUGAAAAGCAAAGACUUCUGGCUUUACACUGUGCAGUAUGCAGGAUUGUAUUUAGGAAGUCUGAUGGUGAUUAUAUGCCUCUCAUUUUUCAUGCUCAACUCUUGGGACUUCAUUCCCUCUGUUUAUGGAUUCAUUCUUUCCGUUCCAGACUUGACACCCAACGUUGGCCUGUUCUGGUACUUCUUUGCUGAAAUGUUUGAACACUUCAGCCUCUUUUUUGUGUGCGUCUUUCAGAUCAAUGUCUUCUUUUACACCAUUCCUUUGGCAGUGAAACUAAAGGAGCAUCCCAUCUUCUUCAUGUUUGUCCAACUCGCCAUCAUUUCCAUCUUCAAGUCCUACCCAACUGUAGGAGAUAUUGCCCUCUAUAUGGCCUUCCUUCCACUCUGGAGCCACCUAUAUCAAUUCCUACGGAAUGUCUUCAUCCUUUCCUGUGUACUUAUUGUCUGCUCCCUACUCUUCCCAGUUUUAUGGCAUCUCUGGAUUUAUGCAGGAAGUGCAAACUCCAACUUUUAUUAUGCCAUCACAUUGACGUUCAACAUAGGUCAGAUCUUGCUCAUCUCAGAUUAUUUCUAUGCCUUUCUGCAGAGGGAAUACUACCUUACUCAUGGAAUCCAAUUAAUAAGAAAAGACAGGACAGAUCCCAUGCUGGUUCUCAAAUGAAACUGGUAUUUGGCAUCACUCGGGGAAGAGACAUCUGUGAGAAACAGACGAUUGGUGGGUGGGUGGGUCUGGUUUUGGGGAAGAUGCCUUUUUGCAUAUGGAGAAAGGGCUGCAGUUUGACUGGGAAUAGCCCGAUUAAUGCUGGUGCAGAGAUUGGUGCAAAGAGCAUGUUAGCAGGUCGAGGAGUCUACUUUUGUGACCUGUUGCUGCCCCACUUGAAGCUUCUCCCUCCAACCAUCCUGUUGCUCAGAAGCCCAGUCAUCAGUUCCAGCUGAUAACUUCCGGACUUGGUGAAAUGCCUUUGGACUGAAACCAGCAUGAACUUUUGUUCCCAGAGAGAGAGAAGGCUGUUGAUGAUAAUAAUGAUGGUGGUAACUGCAGGGAAAACUGCUGGGAAUUUUCUCUUUCAGAAGUUAAAUUGCUUCACUAAACAUUUACUUGGUUCCUCUGGCUUCCUGCUUCCACUGCUUGAAUGGACAGUUCACCUGCCUGAUGUACAGGGGAUCCUUGAAACAUGGACAGCUAGUCUUACUUACCUGGACAUUAUUUCUCCUUGCACUGAUGCUGGAAACUGGGAGGCCCCUGAUUAUUCUGAAUAUUUCUGCGCUCUAGAGAAUGCUGAAUUCAGCAUGAUAAUUCAGGGAGAAGCUGCUAAGCAAACAAGCUUGGGAGACAUGAGAAGUUAAAUUCUGCAUCCUUAGAUACACAUGGUAGAGGACCAUUGGGAGCAGUUGUAUGUUCAAUCAAACUGUCUUUAAGGGGAGAGAAUGCCCAUCCCUGUGGAAGUGUAACUGUGCCCUUUUCUGUGUGGUUUAGUGAAGAGAAAUGAAAAUGAACAUAACCUAGAGGACUCAGAGGAGAUAUAUAUGAAACUUGGUGAUGAGGGGCACACAAUCAGCUCAGCUCUAAUUUUACCCAUCCUUUAAUUUUGGAUCCUAGUGUUCCCAGACUGCUUGGAUUUUGUGACAAAGGCCAGAAAAUACAAAAAUUGGAGCCUUUCUCCAAAUGGGAGCACCUUUUUCAUAGAAAGUUUGGACCUUACAGUUCUUAGAACAGUUUAAAUUUUACCUAAAGUGUUAAUCUUCAGUGGGAGAAGCAGUAGAAUAUGACUGUAUUAGAAAAGUGUCUGUGCAAAAAUGGCUGUCCCAUCCAACCUGCUUCAGUACUGAGUAUUCAGUCAGAUCUUCCCAUUCAGUAACCAAGAUACCGAUAUUUUUGUUUGCUGAUGGCUGCUAUUUUUAACUCUUCUAAUCCAACAGAACUACAGCUGGUUUCUUCCUCUGACUUUUACUUUACGGAUGAUGUGGUUUCCUUACCAAGGAGUCAGGUGGCACCCAUCCAAGCUCCCAAAGCGCAAAAGAGACCCGGUUCCAAGCACUCUACCCUUUUAACUGGGGGCAAAAGAGAUUAGAUUUCAACUUGCUGAUUUUGUAUUAAGUGUGUCCUCUGCCAUUCACUGUUAUUUUUUUUGCAAAGCUGCUUGGCAGGACAUAAACUCCUUUCUGUUAUAAAUGCAUUUCUUAUUAAGCAAUCUUUCAAAAGGGGAUUUAAAAAUAAAGGAAAAAAAUCUUGCUUA